AUGAGUCAAUAUAGAAAAAAUGAUAAAAGUUUAGGCUUAAACUGCGAAUUAUUAUAGGAUAAAGAAAUUUAUUUCAUACCAUUAGCUUUAUCAAUAGGUAAACUAAAUAAAAAUUACCUAAAUUCAGAGAAAAAUAAUUAUAAGUCAUUAUUAGGAAAGAUUUUACGUUUAUAUUUGGAAAAACGGGAACUUGUAAAAAAACUUGUGUUUUAUUAAAAUUAUUUAUUUAAGAUGGUUUGUUUAAUUUAAGAUAACAAUUAAAAAUUAAAAAUUUUAAUAUUAAAUUAAAUAGAAGCUCAUAAUACUUUAUAUCUAAAGAUAAACUUCCAUUAAAAACACUAUUUAUUACAGUUAGUUAAUUAUUGGCUUUAUAAAUAACAUAAAAUUAUUAAUAAUUUCUUGAUAACUUUUAUGAAUUGA